ACAACAUAUCAAUAGCACAUUUUGUGCUGGUGCUAUGGAGCGAGCUUGAGUCCAGUCGAAACUGAGAAAGAGUACGGAAGUAGCGCAGUUCUGUUCCUUCCUCCAUGGUUAUUCUAAGUGGAAUUCUUCGAAGAAACUUGAUAUCAUGACAUAAGUAACACAAUGUGUGUGUAGUUUCUAUCCUUUUGCAGUGGCGCCAAUAUACACAACCAUGUCAGAGUUAACUGACCUGGACUCGGUCUAUAUUACCACGGUGCUGGAGGACACAGUGGACCAGCUAGCCAUCCUUGGAAAGAUUAUGCCCCAGACGUUUGAGGGCAGAGCAGAUGCAAGUGAGAUGGUGGGAGAUGAAAUUGGUAAAAUCAUAGACAGCCAGAAACAAUUGGAAUCCAAGUACGAGGGCCUGAUUGCCAAGAGGGCAGAGCUCCGAGCCGGUGGCAGAAAGGGAGAUGCCAACCACCUCAAGGCGACCGAGGAGGAGAUCAGCAGUGUGGUGGGUGGGAUCCGGCACGCCACACAGACUUUCAGCAAGAGCCUGAAGCAGAGCCCGUUGACGUCGGACAACUUGGCCAAGAUGCAAGUAGACAGGCAGUUCCUCCAAGAUGUCUUGUCGGAGGCCAUGGAGGAGAUUACCCUUGAGAAGACGUUCACGAGUCUCAUCCAGUCAGUCACAGCAGAGCGAGACAAGAAGGCAGAACUACAAAACACCAUCCUCAAGGAGGAGGAAGGACGUAAGCGCAUCCGCAGCCUCCAGCGCCAGAUCCAAAAUGUCAAGGUGGAGUUGGAAGAGGAGACCCAGCAGCGGAAUGAGAUGAUCGCCCACCUCAAGGACCAGCUGCAGGAGAUGAAGGCCAAGACCAGUAUGGAGGGCAAGUAUGUGCAGAAGGAUGCCGAGGUGGCCGUCUACCAGGUGCAGAAGAGGUGCAUGCUGAGCGAGAAACAGCUCAAGGAUGAGAUUGAGCUCAUCAAGAAGAAGAUUGAUGAGGAGAUUCGCGUCAACCAGGAAAUUGAGCAGUACCUCAAGGCACAUCAGACGGAGUUAGAAGAGAAAGUUGAUUACUGGAUGGAGAAGUAUGACAAGGAUGUUGACCAGAAGACCCACCAGCUGGAGGUGCUGAAGGCCUCCAAGGCCAAUGACCUCUCCAGACUGCAAGAACUCACCAGGCUGUAUGCCGAGUAUGAGCAAGUUGUUGUUGAAGACAGAAUAGAGAAGGAAAAAAUCCGAAGAUUACAGGAACAAGAGCUGGAGGAACUCAAGUCGACGGUCAAGUUACAGUCCUGGUGGCGUGGCAUUAUGGUCCGUCGGCAACUUGGCCCCUACAGCAAGAAAAAGAAGAAGAAAGGGAAGAAAGGAAAGAAGGGAUCCGGCAAGAAAAAAGGAAAGAAAAAGAAGUAGAUGUGUUGGCUUUUUCUUUAAGGUUUGCCCCUGUAUAUACCACCACUUGUAUUGGUACGUCACAGUCAGGGAUAAUUGUAAAAAAUUCUGCAGAUGGAAACACUGUGAAGAUAAGACAAGUGUAAAAAAUGGUGAAGAUGCGCUGCUGUAGUCAUCCCAUGACAUACCAACCUAGAGUUUGGGGAAUAUUUUGAGCCAUUGUUGAUUGUGAAAUUGAAAUGAAUAUUUGCUGAUGCGUGCUUUUCAAUUUUUAUCCAAAUCCUGUUUUCAGUAGUAAAACCGUCCAGUUGUGGCUCGUAGCUGAGAAGUACAGUGCCUUUGUGUAUUUAGUUCAGGUGCAUUAUUUCAAUACCGUACCGAGUCUAACAUCACAUUUCACACUUUUCACAGAAGAAACGGGAGAAAAAAAUGUGUAUUUUAAAAUCUAUUUGUCUUGAAGUUUUACAAACUUAAUUUGGGGAAUUGAAUCGUUUGUGGAAAUUUUGUAAUAACUGAUCAGUUGAAGUUAUGAUGAGUCUGAAGUUUUUAUAUAAAAAACAUUGUUGUUAUGCAUUAAUUUUGUAAUCUUACCUUUCCGUCCAUUAAAACAGCUGUAUUCUAAUGAAAUUCUAUUUUUCCAUUCAAAGUUUAUGACACUGGAUUUGAGCUAAAAAAGUUGUGAUUGCCUGUUCAGAAAACUGAUCUUAGAUGUUUUAGAACAGGUUGAACUAAAGUAUCUUCAAGUCCUUCCUCCAUGAUUAAAGCUGCCAAGUAUUCCCGAAUUUA